GAACGUGUCGUGUGGUAAAAUUAUUUGUUUAACAUUCAGUUUUAUUUAAACUGAUAAGGUUGAGGUUGGGGCGGAAGAAGAUUAGAAGGUCAAGAUCAUUUGCAUAUCUCAAAACGGGGAACAAACCGGAAAAUGGACGUAAAAGAGUUUGAAGUGAACAAAACCCUUCCUUAUGACCCCUCCCUGCUCGCUGUUAACAUUUCACUGCGCCAGAUCGAGGAGAUUGCGUCGACUGUGUCCCAGCGCUGCCAUGUGAGCGGCGUAAACGAAAUUGCCUGGGCCUUGAGGGCGCUGAUGCUGACGGAUUUGACCACUCUGGCGGGCGAUGAUACGGCGGCCAAUGUGCGCAGACUGUGCCUGCGUGCCUGCUAUCCGUUCGAGCCACAGUUCUUUGACAAAUUCUUCGAACGAGCUCUUCUCUCUGAGAUUCAUACAGCCGCCGUCUGCGUGUACCCGGCUAGGGUGAAGGAUGCCUACCAGGCACUUCAGCAGUACGACAAACUGAACAAGGUGGCCAUCGCAGCAGUAGCGACUGGCUUCCCCACUGGCCAGUAUGGACUGCAGACGCGCCUGCAAGAGAUUAGUCAUGCCAUUCUGGCUGGCGCAACCGAAAUUGAUAUCGUUAUCAACCGUCAACUGGCACUGGUGGGCGACUGGGAGGGCCUCUACAACGAGGUGGUUCUGAUGCGCAGUGCAUGUGGAAACGCACACUUGAAGACCAUUCUGGCCAUAGGCGAGCUCGGGACAAUGGAGAAUGUUUACAAAGCGGCUAUGGUAUGCAUGCUGGCUGGAGCGGACUUUAUAAAAACCUCCACGGGGAAGGAGUCUGUGAAUGCGACGCUGCCUGUUGGCUUGGUUAUGAUAUUCGCCAUACAGGAGUUCAAGCGUCGCACUUGCCAAAUUGUCGGCCUGAAACCAGCUGGCGGUGUCCGAACUGUGCGAGAUGCCAUUGCCUGGAUGACGUUGGUGAACGAGACUCUUGGUAUGCGCUGGCUGCGUCCCGAACGUUUCCGUUUUGGUGCGUCGGGUCUACUUGAUGACAUUGAGAAAGUAGUACGAGAAGGUGUGGCCAAACUAGAGGCAGAAGAGGCUGAAAAGGCCAAAAAAGGGGAAGCUGUGGUGGAGCAAGACCCCGUGGAAACCCUUUGCAAAGAGCUCCGAAAGACAAAGCAGGAGAAGUAAGCACAGCUUCGCAAUAGCCAUCCACUUCUCGCAUGGACUACAUUUAUUACUGUAUUUUUAUAUCAUGACUAAAAUUAAAUGAACAAUUUCUAUGAGUGA